UUCUCUGCCCGGCUUUGAUCUCUGCUUAACAACAGUAACGUCACACGGACUACAGGGGAGUUUUGUUGGAAGUUGCAAAGUCCUGGAGCCUCCAGAGGGCUGUCGGCGCAGUAGCAGCGAGCAGCAGCGUCCGCGCGCUCCGGCGAGGGGCAGACGAGCUCGAGGGAGCGCGGGGUAGCGGGAGCUAGAGCCGAGCGCGCACCGACCCGGGACCCGCCGCCGUCCCCAGGCCGCUCAGUAGAGCCCCAGCCAUGGCACACCAACUCUUAUGCUGCGAGGUGGAGACCAUCCGCCGGGCGUACCCCGAUGCCAACCUCCUCAACGACCGGGUGCUGCGGGCCAUGCUCAAGGCGGAGGAGACCUGCGCACCCUCCGUGUCCUACUUCAAGUGUGUGCAGAAGGAGAUCCUGCCGUCCAUGCGGAAGAUCGUGGCCACCUGGAUGCUGGAGGUCUGCGAGGAGCAGAAGUGCGAGGAGGAGGUCUUCCCGCUGGCCAUGAACUACCUGGACCGCUUCCUGUCGCUGGAGCCGGUGAAAAAGAGCCGCCUGCAGCUGCUGGGGGCCACCUGCAUGUUCGUGGCCUCGAAGAUGAAGGAGACCAUCCCCCUGACGGCCGAGAAGCUGUGCAUCUACACUGACAACUCCAUCCGGCCUGAUGAGCUGCUGCAAAUGGAGCUGUUCCUGGUGAACAAACUCAAGUGGAACCUGGCCGCGAUGACCCCGCAUGAUUUCAUCGAGCACUUCCUCUCUAAGAUGCCCGUGGCAGAGGAGAACAGACAGAUCAUCCGCAAGCACGCACAGACCUUCGUCGCCCUCUGUGCCACAGACGUGAAGUUCAUUUCCAACCCGCCCUCCAUGGUGGCAGCUGGGAGUGUGGUGGCCGCCGUGCAAGGCCUGCACCUGGGGAGUUCCAGCAGCUUCCUGUCCUACCACCGCCUCACUCGGUUCCUCUCCAAAGUGAUUAAGUGUGACGCGGACUGUCUCCGGGCGUGCCAGGAGCAGAUCGAAGCCCUGCUGGAGUCCAGCCUGCGCCAGGCCCAGCAGCAGAGCCUGGACCCCAAGGCGGCGGAGGAGGAGGAGGAGGAGGAGGAGGCCGACCUGGCCUGCACGCCCACCGAUGUGCGAGACGUGAACAUUUGAGGGCGCGCGCGUGCGCGGGAGGGGCCGGCCCCAGGUGCUCCCCUGACAGGACCGUGUUCCUUGCCAGGACCGGUCACCACCAGAAGGGAAAGCUUUCCUUCUCCUUUACUGUCGGUUUGUUUCCUUUGCUCUUUCCUCCCUCCCGUCUCUGACUUAAGCAAAAGAAGAAAAACUGUCUUUAAAAAAAAAAAAAAAAAAAAAAAAGGAGAGAAAAAAGAAAUAGUAUUUGCAUAACCCUGAGCUGGGGGGUGGGGGGAGGUUUGCUACAAAAAUAGAGGAUCUUAUACCCCAUAAUCAACUAGAUUUUAUAUGGAUGUGUUUGUGUCUCUGUGUUGUUAAGGAUAGGCAUUAACACAAGGAACGAGUCUGCAGGGGAGGAUUAGAUUUGAUUACGUGUUUAAAACAAAACGGAAAAAAAAAAGCAUAAAGACAUUUUAAAAACUAGAAAAAAGCCAACCAACCAUUUUUGGAGUAGAAGAGGAUUUUAGGUAGCAAACGCGCUCGUGUGCCGUCCCCGAGGAGCACGGCUUUUAAGGCGGUCCUAGGUACCCUGCAUCUCGCUUGCUCGUGCAUGUAGUCACUUUAUCAGUCCUUUGCGCGUGUUUUAUUUUAUUCCGUAGGUAGGCGUGUAACCUCUUCCCCUGUCCGUGGCUGAUGUAACCUCAGUUAGCGCAGCGUAGAGCUCAGCGUGGUCGCGUGCUGGCCCUCUGUCCGCCUGCGGCCCGACCCGGAGCGGGCGGCCAGGGCCCCGGCUGGUGGCACAGCGGACACGGAAAACCAGCUCCGACUCCCGGCCCGCGCUGCUGGUAAAGAGAACCCGCCAUAGCGACGUAAUAUAUUCUAUUUUUAUAAUCUUCCUAUUUUUGUAGUUGCCUGUUGAUGAGAUGCUGGUUUUUCACCCCCACAGACCUGCAGCCUGCUCACAUCCAGGUGAAAUCCACAGCUCCUUUUUUUUUUUUUUUUUUUUUUUUUUUCCUUCUCAAUAUUCUAGAACCAUUCCAUUUCAAAGCACUUUCAAUCCAGUGGUUAUAGGGAAUCUCUCUUGUUUCUGUUGUGUGUGGAGGGUGGGUGGGGGGGGCAGUUUCUUAAUGGAAUGGUUUGGGAAUAUUCACGUCCUUGUGUGCAGACAGGAUGGCGAGGCAAGUGCAUGUCACUUAAGGAGUUAGAGGAAGGGGAUGUUCUUGAAGGCGAGCUUCCGGUCAAGAAGUGCAUUCUUACAUUGCCAGGAUGAUGCAUUCCUUUCUCUGUAGAGCAGUGGAAGUUCGGGAGUCCUUGGUGCCAACUGGUGUUUGAAAGCGUAGGGGGCCUUUAAAGGUUGACCUAGAGAACGCGUAGUUAAGGGUUAGGAAGGUUUUUAAACACUAAAAUAUAUAAUUUAUAGUUAAGGCUAAAAAGAAUAUUUAUUGCAGAGGAUUGCAGAGGAUGUUCGUAAGGCCAGUAUGAUUUAUAAAGUAAUGCAAUCUCCCCUUGAUGUACACCCACCCACACCCACCCACACACCCACACACAUAC